AUGGCAGCCUGUAUCAAUAGCCUGACAACGCUCAAGCUGCUGCCGGCCGAGCUCGAGGGCAAGCAUGCGAUCGGCGUAUGCAUUGACCGCGGCGGCACGUUCACUGACUGCGUGGCGACAUUCCCUGUGCAAGCGACACCAGACGACGAAUCCACGCAGCGCACAGUAGUCGUUAAGCUUCUCUCCGAAGACCCAGCGCACUACUCCGACGCCGCGCUCGAAGCAGUAUGGCGCGUACUCGAAGCAGCCACAGGGCGCACACUCACGCGCACGGACCCACUCGACACAUCCAACAUCGCCUGGGUGCGCAUGGGCACCACGGUGGCCACCAAUGCGCUGCUGGAGCGCAAGGGUGAGCGCUGCGUCCUGGUGACCACGCGCGGGUUCGGCGACGUCCUGCAUAUCGGCACACAGACGCGGCCGCUCAUCUUCGACCUGGCAGUGCAGCGGCGCGGCGGCGUCAUCGAGGAGUCCAUUGAGCUGGACGAGCGCGUGGUGCUGGACCCUAAGGGCCCCCAUGCCGGCGCGUCGGGCGAGCGCCUGCGCGUGCUGAGGGAGCCGGACUGGGCGGCGCUGCGCGCAAGGCUGGACGCAGCAUAUGCGCGCGGCGUGCGCGCGGCAGCGGUCUGCCUGAUGCACGCGUACACGUUCUCUGCGCAUGAGCGCAUGGCGGCGCAGGUGGCGCGCGACGCAGGGUUCACGCACGUGACGGAGUCCUCUGCCCUGGCGCCGGCGGCCGGGCUGGUGGCGCGCGCGCAGUCGGCGGCGGCCGACGCGUACCUGGCGCCGGUCGUGGCGCGGCACGUGGCGGGGUUUGCGCGGCGGCUUAGCGCCACAGUGCCGCUGGCGCUGAUGCAGUCGGACGGCGGGCUGGCGCCGGCGAGCGGCUUCUCGGGGCUGCGCGCGGUGCUGUCGGGCCCGGCGGCCGGCGUGGUCGGGUGCGCGGCAACGGCGUACAGCGCCACGGCGCGCGUGGCGGUGGUUGGCUUUGACAUGGGCGGAACGAGCACUGACGUCAGCCGCUUCGACGGCACGCUCGAGCACGUGUUCGGGGCCGAGGUCGGCGGCGUGGCGGUGGCGGCGCCGCAGCUGGCGAUCCAGACGGUGGCGGCCGGCGGCGGGUCGCGGCUGUUUUUCCGCGGCGGGCUGCUGGCGGUCGGGCCCGAGAGCGUCGGCGCGCACCCGGGGCCGGCGUGCUACCGCAAGGGCGGCGCGCUGGCGCUGACAGACGCCAACCUCGUGCUGGGGCGGCUGCGCGCCGCGCACUUCCCGCGCAUCUUUGGGCCGCGCGAGGACGAGGGCCUGGACGAGGCGGCGGCGCGCGCGCGGGUUGCGGAGCUGGCGCAGCGCGUGGCCAGCGAGUCCGGCGCGGCGCCGAUGAGCGUCGAGGCGCUGGCGCUGGGCUUCGUGCGCGUGGCCAACGAGGCGAUGACCCGGCCGAUCCGCUCGCUGACCGAGGCGCGCGGCCAUGCGCCACAGGCCCACGCGCUGGCGUGCUUCGGCGGCGCCGGCGGCCAGCACGCGUGCGCCGUGGCGGCGGCGCUGGGCAUCGGCCGCGUGUUCGUCCAUCGGCUGGCAUCGGUGCUGUCGGCGCACGGGCUGGCGCUGGCCGAGGCCGCACACGAGGAGCGAUCGGCGGCCGCCGCCGCCGCGUGGACGCCCGAGGUGCAUGCGCGCAGCCUGGCGCCGCGCCUGGACGCGCUGGAGGCCGCGGCGCGCGCGCGCCUGGCAUCGCAGGGCUUUAGUUCCGGGCUGGCUGCGGCCGAGCGCUUCCUGAACAUGCGUUACAAGGGCGCCGAUGCAGCGCUAAUGGUGGCCGAGCCGGCCGACGGUGAUUUCGGCGGAGCCUUUGAGAGGCAGCACCGCUACGAGUUUGGCUUUGUGCUGCGCGACCGCGCCGUUGUGGUCGAUGACCUGCGCGUGCGCGCGACGGCCUCGCUGCCCGGCCCAGAGCGCUCGGACGUGUAUGCGGAGCUUGCUGCGCUGCGCCGCACGCCCAUUGGCCGCGACCAUGCGGCGUUUGUUGAGGCUGCGAGCGUGUACUUUGAUGGAGGAUUCCGCGACACGCCGGUGUUCCGCCUUGACGCGCUGGCGCCGGGCGAGUCGGUGCCUGGGCCGGCCAUUGUGCUGGACCGCAACAGCACCGUGCUGGUUGAGCCGGGGUGGACUGCGACGGCGACGCGCGAGCAGGUGGUGCUGGAGGCGGAG